CAUGUAUAAUGAUGCAUUCAAGCGAAUAUAUGACUUCACUCAAGAUCAAUACAUGCGAUUUGUAACACAAUAGUUCUGCAUUCGGCGGGCAUGCAUACUCUCCUCGAUCUCUUGAACCAAAGAGCUGUGUUGGAAGCUCCUUGCUUUUAACUCUACCAGGGAAACUGGACUACAGUUAAACCACCAACACCAUGUUGAUGUCGCGAUGGAUUACCCCUGGGAUUACCAUUCUUACCUGUUCAGUCGCUGUAAUGAGCUUUGCUGUCUUGACUUCAUGCUCAGUUGAUGUCGAUGACGAGAAUGGCUUCGUGGUUGAGUCGGGAAACACGGAGACUCCCUCAACAAGUGAUGUCGGUUUUGGUCACGGAAGGGACGUUCUCCGUCUCCACUCGGGGCUGUACGACGUGGCAUACGUACGCUUUCGGAUCGACGAGCUUUCUAUCGGUCGACAGGAUCGGAUUCAAGUCUGGAUGAAAACUGACAUAUGCAUUGGGUGUAAAAUGGUAGCAGUGGCCAAUUUGACGAUCAAGACGAAGGAAAAGAAAAUGGUAGCCACCAUCGAUACCGCCUGGGCGACCCGUAUAAUGGUCACAACGGGAGAUGUACAUUAUCCAGCUAAAAAUAACACAUACUGCGAGUUAUAUUAUCAUUUCGGACAAUAUGGUGAAUACAACCUAACAGUGCCUCCCAUGACACGGAACAACACGAACGGGACAAUAUGCGAUCUGGAGACACUGAAAUCACCAACAUAUGCAAAUACAAGUGUCUUUGUAUUCUACGGGUCGGUAUUUCUUAUGUUUUUCGUGGCUGCUUUUUGGGUCCACUGUAUAAAGAGAUGCAAUAACAAAGGUCUACCAAGUAAUCAUAAUGGAAAUGUACAAUCGAACGUUUCUCUGGAAGACCAAACACCCUUGACUGACCCGGUGGGUAAUAAACCUACCAAGACAUCACUUCGACUGAGAUCGGUUGACGCAUUUAGAGGGCUUGCUAUAACCAAUUUGGUAUUGGGUACGAGCGGUGAUGGUCAUUUUUGGUAUUUGAGCCAUGCAAGAUGGUAUGGUAUAACUGUUGCAGAUUUCAUGUUCCCAUGGUUCGUUUUCAUCAUGGGUACAUCUAUCCAUCUCUCGUUCAAUAUACUCCUGUCUAAGGGGCAGAGUUACCUCUCCAUCUUCAAGAAAAUAAUAUUCCGAAGCAUCUCUUUAUUCAUCAUGGGCGUUUGUAUUCAACCUCACAAUGAUCUCAGAACUCUUCGCAUUCCGGGUGUGCUACAGCGUUUUGGUAUAACUUAUUUCAUUGUUGCGUCAUCAUAUCUUCUUUCCCGUCGUCUGCAGGCACGCAGGAUCGAGAGAACGGGCAAAUGUUACAUGAUGUUUCGUGACGUCACAGACUACCUUGAACUGCCUUUGGCAUUCUGCUUUCUCACCGUUCAUUUGUGUUUGACCUUUCUACUUCCAGUUCCAGGAUGUCCUCUAGGUUACCAGGGACCUGGUGGUCCGCUGGUUGGAGAGAACGGUGAACUGACAAACUGUACCGGGGGAGCUUCGGGGUACAUCGACCGCAUGUUCUUCACUGAAGCCCAUAUCAUCAACAUAGACACUUGUUCUGCUGUUUAUAGAACCAUUGUAAAAAGUGACCCGGAAGGAAUACUUGGUAGUUUUACCUCCAUUGCAUUGUGUGUGUUUGGUCUCCAGGCCGGAAAGAUCCUUCAUCUCUUUACAACCGUUAGGGGGCGCUGUUUAAGAUUGAUCAUCUGGGGAUUGGUGUUGAUAUCAUGCAGUUUAAUUCUUUGCAAAGCUUCCAUGGCUGAUGGUUGGAUACCUCUUAAUAAGAACCUGUGGUCCGUUUCGUUUAUCGCCCUCACCGGUGGAACAGCAUUCAUCAUCCAAGCAUUGUUUCAUAUCCUUAUUGACGUCACGCAUUUCUGGAACGGAGCUCCUCUUUUCUACGCAGGAAUGAAUUCAAUCCUACUGUAUAUAGGAUCAGAGAUCAUGCAUCCUUAUCUACCAUUCUCAUGGGUACCGUUUGUUGGUAACCAUACUGAGUACAUCAUCCUUGCUGCCUGGUCGGGAUUCCUCUGGCUUGCCAUUGCUUACCUCUGCUACCGCAAAAAGAUUUUCUUAAAACUUUGAUGACGUCACAAAUGAACGGAGGAAUGGAUACCUUGAAAAUUACUACUUCAUUAUUCGAACCUUGUGGCUUACCGAGUACUCGUUAUUAACAUUAAGUAUACUCUUGUGGUGGAAACAAGAGGCAAUAUAGGAAGGUGCUAAGUACUGACAGCGGGUGUGAUCGCUACAAGACGGGGUAUUAUAGCGAAUAUUAGAAAAUGUACAUUAUUAACUGUGAUAUCUUGGCCAUCAAUAAUUAUAACCAUUACAGUGCAGAUUUAUAUUCAUCUUUUUAAUAUGAAGUAUAGAUUUGUGUUGUUAUGGGUAGGAACAUGCCUUUUAGCACCUGUUUGCAGAUGAAUGAGGAGUUUACAAAGGGUGCAGUUGGUGGUAGAUAGCGGCGAUAGGGGUAAUGUAGUGGUGUAGGGUGUCAAAAUUGAGAAUUUCGGUGGUAGAGGAUUGUCAGUGUUGGAUGUUUGGUGGUAUAGCUUCGCGGGUGAUACUACCAGUACCAGAAAAUAUUAUGUCUGCAUAAUAAUGUAAAUCAUCCAUUAUGUCCAUCAAACCAAACUAAAGUAAUUCAUCAGACCAUCAGGAGAGCAUUUCAUUAAAGGACUUGUUGAAUAUUUAAUCGGGGGAGCGUUUCAUCAAUAUUUUCAUCCGACAAGUUGUCAGAUCUGACAUCUUUCCAUGAAUUUGAUUGGCUGAGA